AUGGGAUGCUCGGCUUCGAAGCUGGAGGACGAAGAGGCCGUCAAGCUCUGCAGAGAGAGAAGGAAUUUCGUCAAACAGGCGGUGGAGCAACGAACAAGGUUCGCCGCCGGCCACCGCGCCUACAUUCAAUCCCUCCGGCAGGUUUCCGACGCUCUCCGAGGCUAUGUCGAGAGAGAUGACCACCACCAUGAUUUCUUCUCGGACUCCUGCUCGACCCCGCCGUUCACCCCCGUGAAGAGAUUGAGCUCCUCCCCGGAGAUCAUCGGGAUCCCCUGCAAGUCCUUCACUCCGGCCAUGGAAGCAACUCACGAGAGCAGCAGGAAGAUGAUCCACUGCUUGCGGGCCGGUGGCAACCCGGCGGCGGUCAUGGUGGAGGAGAGGCCGCCGUCGCCGGAGACGGCAAGGGUCAGCACCCACUACUACCCUUCGGAGCACUACAGCAUCGACGGGUUCUUCUCCAUGCAGUCGCCUCCCAUGGCGACGGGCUCGUCCUUCUUCUCCUCUGCGUCUCCUCCUCGCAGGACGAGCAUCCCACCGCCAUCACCGCAGAAUCCUCAGUGGGAUUUCUUCUGGAACCCGUUCUCCUCCUUGGACACGUACGGGUAUGCUUCUCAGAGCAGCCCCGAGAGGAGGACGAUGAUGGCAGCCGAAGAGGACGAGCUCGCGGGAUUGAGGCAGAUCCGGGAAGAAGAAGGGAUUCCUGAGCUGGAGGAGGAGGAGCUUCCGAAACCAGUCAACUUCGACGAGAGGAGGAAGAAGGUCGUGGAGGCCGCCGUCGAUCUCCCUGCAGAGCUCAACCAGGCGAGAGCAGUCGAUCAUUCUACCCCUGAAACGAAGCAGCAGGUGAGAGAAUUUGAGUUCCAUGCAGCCGAUGGCGUCAAGGCGGCGGUUGCGGCGGCAGCGGCGGGGGUGGAGGCCGUCGGGGCCUGGCCGCCGGAGCUGGCGGAGGUGGAGGCGGCGGAGGAAACUCCUGGGUUUACAGUUUAUCUGAACUGCAGGCCGACGAGCAUGGCGGAGGUGAUGAGGGACAUCGAACACCAGUUCAUCAGGAUCCAUGAUUCCGCUCGCGAGGUCGCGCUGAUGCUGGAAGUGGGCAAGGCCCAGCGAUCGAGCUCAAAUGAGCUCACGGGUACGAGAAGAGAUCGAUCAUCAUACACCAUGAAGCUCGAUUGAUUGAUUUUAUUCCAUCUCUGAUCAUCGGUUUCUUCGUCUUCUUCCUCCUCCCCUCCCUGACUGGGUUGUAGCCGCGAAGAUGUUGAAUCCAGUCGCCUUGUUUCGCUCUGCGUCGUUCAGGUCGUCGUCGUCGUUGCCCUCGAGGUUUCUUCCGGCCUCGUCGGCCGCCAGGGACGACGGCGGCGACGACUCCGGCAGCGAUGUCUCAGACGAGUCCUGCAUGAUAUCUGGCAGCCAUCAGUCCACCCUGGAGAGGUUAUUCGCCUGGGAGAAGAAGCUCUACGAGGAGGUCAAGGUAAUCAAUCAAUCAAUUAACUAACGAUCGUGGUUCAACUUCGAUGAUGGAUCUGGAAAGAACCCCACCUGGAUUCCGUGUCCUUUGGCAGUCCGGAGAGCGAGUUCGGAUGGCGUAUGAGAGGAAACGCAUGCAGCUGAGGAAGCAGGACAUUAAUGGCGAGGACCCUUCCGUGGUGGACAGGACCAGGAUAGCGGUCAGGGAUCUGCAGACCCAGUUGAAGGUUUCCAUUCACUCCGUGGAAGCGAUCUCGAAGCGAAUCGAGAAGCUCCGGGACGAGGAGCUCUGCCCCCAGCUCCUGGAGCUCAUUCAAGGGUACUCCUGCUCCUCCUCCUGAAUGAUUUCUUGCUAUCUUGUUAAAAUUGUUCGGAGAAGACGACUGCUUUUUGUUUACUGGUGGUUUGAUUUGAUUGUUGCAGGAUGAGCAGGAUGUGGCGGACGGUGGCGGACUGCCACCAGAUCCAGAAGGCCGCCAUCGAUGGGGCGAAGCACCUCCUCGCCACGGCGCCGAAGCUGGCGGCGGCGCCGCCGCCGCUGUCGCGGCCGGCGGCGAGGCUGGAGGCGGAGCUCCGGAACUGGCGGUCGUGUCUCAGGGUCUGGGUCGACGCGCAGGGAUGCUACGUCAGGUCGCUCGCCGGGUGGCUUCUCCGCUGCGCCCGCUCGCCGGAGGAGGAGGACGAUGCCCAGAUGGAGGGGAGGUCGCCUCUGUCGCCGCCGCGAUCUAGCGGCGCGCCGCCGGUGUUCGGGCUCUGCAUGAAGUGGUCGAAGGCGCUGGACGGAGUCAGCGAGGAGAGGGCCCUGGAGGGGCUGGACUUCUUCGCGUCGGGGAUCUAUACGGUGGCAGGGCAGCAAAGGGAGGCAGCGGCGGAGGCGGCGAGGCGACGGAGGGAUACGGCGGCGCCACCGGCUGAGGAGGAGGAAGAACCAGAGGUGGGGCGAUGGUCGGCGCCGGAGAAGAUGGCGGAGCUCGCCGUGAGGGUCCUCUUCGCCGGGAUGUCGGUCGCCGUCUCGGCCCUGGCGGAGUUCGCCGCCGCCUCGCGGGACGCCUACGAGGAACUGCAGCGCCGGUUUCCAGUCGCCGCCGCGGGCGGAGGGGCGGCCACGUAG